AUGUAUCACACGAUCAGACUAACUGUCAGCUGUAUGAUUAAGUUAUCUGCCCUUUGGUUGUAUGUGGGAAUAAUCUCCAAUGCUAUUUCCCAGGAAACGUUUAAUGCAGAAACAGGGCAGACAUAUUCCAUGUGGGAAAACAGCACAGCUACUGACACUAACAACACAACAAUAACCAUGGUAACAGGUUACCAGCUCUCUCGGGUGGAGUCAGGACUAACGAAAGGUGUGAUUUACUCCCACAGAACCGCUAUCAUUGUAAUUAUGAGCAUUUUUGUGUCAAUUACACUAACAAUUACAAUCGCAAUUCUCAUGUUCUGCAAGAAGAAAAAUUCUGUGUUUAUUUUACAGAAAUGUGAGCAGGAAACUGACACAGUAUAUGAAAUGGAUGACAUGAAUACAGAAUGUGAUUUCAGUGACCAGGAACUUGAUAUUGACAGUUAUAAUGAAAAUUUACAGGGCCUCAGAUCACAAACAUACCCAAAAAUGUCCAGGCUAUGUGAGUAUGAAUUAGACAGUCCCGUACCAGGUCGCACAUCCUGUUUGGAUGCUAAAACCUCAAAUCAUACAUCAAACUCAUCUAUACCAAAAUCAAAGACAUUUUCUGGAUUGAGGAAAAAUCGUAAUUUAAGAGAAUGUGAUAUUAUGUUUGCAUUAAAUAAACGACGUACAUUUUCUCGAUCUGAUAUUAAGCGACCAACAAGUCUUCCACUUUCAUCUAGUUUUUCCAGUUCUAGUUCCUGGUAUAACUAUCAGUCUAUGGUUAUCACUGCUGAUGUGGAACCCUGGGAAAAUUCUUCCUCGGAUCUCGGUCUUCCUAAUACAUCGGAAAAUAACAACACCUCUCUAGGGGAAAACUCUAAACAGUUUGAUCAAAAUGAUGAAAAUUUUUUAAGUUCAGCGAGACGUUCAGGGAUGAAAGAUGAAAGUUUCAAUGAGAGAGAUGAAGAAAUGCAAGCCUGUACGCCCUUACUACAAAGUAACAGCCAUAAUACCUCACACAAAUUUCUGUUCCCAACAAAAACAAACCAAGAAUUUGUUCCAAAACUUUUUUUUUCAGAUCAAGACACAUGUUACAAACCUUUAUUAGAACCAGAUCAGUCAUUCAAUCACUCAAAUGAACAAGAUCUGGCUCUUCCAAAGACUUCACAAUUGCCAACAGAAAAACUUUCUACAAAACAAAGUUCAACUUCAAAAGGAGGUUUACCACAAACUCCUGUUACUACAGUGACAACAAAUGUCUCAACCGUGACAGGUUCUCAUUCAGCUGAUAAGAACAAAUGUGAGUUGGGUACAAAACCACCUAUUUCACCUGAUGAUAUUCAGGGCAAGCUGCGAUUCUACUGGGACAAUGACUCAUGA